ACAAAGUUAUGCAACCAGUGUGGUCUUCUGCUUUAACGUGAAAUGAAACUUAGGAAAGGACUUUAAAAGGAGUGAACCUUGGGCAAGACACACUCAGGAGCACAUUUGGGAACAGCGCAGCUCGAUAACACAAAAGUGUCCUACACCAGAAGUCGAAAAUGCUCACACAUCAAAAUCUACGCACUCUUUGGAUUCUUCUGCUUCUCUAUACGUCUGCAAGGGCAUACAAAUUUGACAUCUUAAAAACACACCACGAACCGCAGGAAGGUGAUGUGAGACUGUUUGGCUCUAAGAACGUGUCAGAGGGCCGUGUGGAAAUCUACCAUGAUGGGAAAUGGGGAACAGUGUGUGACGACAACUGGGACAUGGCUGACGCCCGGGUGUUGUGUCGCCAGCUCAACUUCCCUGGUGCCAAAUCUAUUGUGACUGGCAAGGACUAUGGACAAGUGCCUGGACCUAUUUGGCUGGAUGACAUCAAUUGUAAAGGCACAGAAACACAUCUCUUCACCUGUGAAUUCAAAGGCUGGGGAGAAACUGACUGUACGCACAAAGAGGAUGUUGGAGUAGUUUGUGAAACAGGAAGCAUUAAUGUGGACAUCAAUGAUUCUACUCACUCACUGGACCACAGUAUCGGUCUGUCUGACUUUCUCGGCCAAAUCUUUGAUGAUGGAAAUGACUGUGAUUUCCUGAUCAUAGUGCAGAGUCCUACUGGGAGCAAACGGGAGGAUGGGACCCCAGAGAUAAGUCAGAAAACCAUCUGUGCUCACAAAAUAAUCCUGUCACAAAUCCCAUUCUUUAAUGCUUCAGUGGGGAUUACUAACAUCACAGUCAACCUCAGCUUGCCCUGCCAGCCACAUUUCACCUCCUUCAUCAGGUACAUUUACACCCGUAAGAUGGAUGUGACCCUCUCCUCUGCACUGUGUCUCCACCAAAUGGCUUCUAAUUUUGGGUUAAAGCAGCUGAUGGAGGACAUUGGCCGACUGUUUUCUAAAAUCCUCCCAGAAGACUCCACCUUUCACAACCAGGUGUCUUUUUACAAGUAUGCAGUGGAGACCAAGGACUUAGUGCUUGAGGAGAACUGUGUCCAGUACAUGGCCUGGAACUACCAAAACCUGACCAGGUCUCCAGCUUGGUCCGGCCUCUCAGUGGGGCUUCUUAGAGCUCUUCUUACUCGCUCAGAUUUGGUGGCGCCAGAUGAAUAUUUUGUGCUGCAGUCUGUAGAGAGAUGGAUCAGUGAGAAAGGCAACUCCACCGAUUUGGAAACACAGGCUGAUCUGUUGGGACGCAUUCGUUUUCCUAUGAUCCCUGCUGAGAAGCUGUAUGUGAUCGAGUCCAGCUCUCCGCUCUACAGUGCUCACAAGACCGUGUAUCGUGAUAAUAUGUUGAAAGCUUUUCAGUUUAAUGUGCUCCUCUUCAGUAAUCUGACAAAGCAAAAGUUCGGCAAAGAAAAUAUUAAUUACCGGCCCAGGAUUUACACUGCUGAGCCCUGGAGCAUCGUUUUACAGCUUUCAUCCUCUGAAACCCAGUCCGGUCAGUACAACAACAAUUAUAACAACUAUGGCUAUGGCUAUGGCUAUAAUCCUUCCUACAGUCAAACCAGAUCCAAGUCAUUUAGCACACCUGUCCACAACAGUCUGAUCUUCAAGGACACCGUGAUGAGUUGGCAAGCAAAUAUAUUCAUAAACAGGUAUGAAUGUUCAAACUAUGGUGUGAGUUGUGAGUCUUUUCCUGUGGCAAGGCUGACACCCCAAAGCUACAUCAGCCAAAGUGAAAUCCUCUUUCGUAAGCGGGUCUUGCUGGUCUGCCAGGGCGAGUAUGUUUGUCAGAUCCAGGACUUCAAAAGCAAUAUGGCUUCCAUCUCUGCGAAUGCUACUCAGGUCCUUCCUUAUCCCUGUCCUAAUGACCAGUUCACCUACCAGAUUGUAGUGACACCAGAGUACGUGUGAUGCAGCGUCAGGUCCAUUAUCUUUGUUUCCUUAUUAUUUCAUGGUGUGAAAUCAAUUGGUUUCAUUAUUAUCCAUGUGAGUCCUAAUUGUUUUGAUUACUGAUAUUUCUGACAUAUAUAUAAGAAAGUUAUCUUCUUCACAUAUAUGAAUCAUAUCAUUGCUUAUUAAAAAAGUAAAAAGGGAUUUCUGUGAAAUUUUUAUGUGUCAUCUUCUUUUGAAUGAUUUGUUCCUGAUAAAAAAAAAAAAAUUCCUGGUGACUUUGUUUCCUUAUUAUUUAGUGUGUUGCAAUAAGAUGCUUUCAUUACAAUCCAUGUGAAUUAUCUUUUUCUUUCAUUACUGACAAAUAUUU